AUGCUUGGCUACAUCAGUUGUAUACCACAUAACAUGUACCUAUGGACUCGUAGAGUGUUCGAAUGGGAUGAGGACCAGUUCAGCCCGUACGCAACCGUGAGCAUGGUCACUGAAGUGUUGGUACUGCUGAUAGCUACGCCAAUUUUUCACAGACUCACUAUUCAUGAUUGUGUAAUUGGUGCAGGAUCAGUUCUUCUGAUUUUCUUCAAAGACUUAAGCUUUGGACUGGUUACUGCCACUAGCCAGUGGUGGGUUCCGUUAGUGUUUAUUCUUGUGCCAACCACACUUCCCUCAAUAUCUAUCAGGAUUCAGAUAACUAAGCUAUGUGAUGGAGAAGAGGUGGGAAGAUACUUAUCACUACUGGCCAUCCUGGAGGUGUUGUGGAUCUUGGUGGACAGCGCCAUCUUCACCGCUGUCUACGCUUCCACUCUGGCGUUCUACCCUUCCUGCGAGCACAUUGUCUCCGCCGCCUUCGCUGAUGUCUGA